CUUCAUACAUCCCAUUUAAAAAUUCAAGAGAGGUUUUCAUCUCAAUCAUGUCACUAUGGACCACUGAUACUUCGGUUUUUAACUCUAGUAGAAGAGAGUAAAUUGAAUCCAAAUCCUUUCCUACAGGAACGGGGGAGUUGUGUCGAUUUAUGCCUAAAGACGAUGCCCUUCUGUCGUUCAGGUCAUUCAUCGUAAGCCUUUUGCAUUUUCUACAAGUCCAGGGUUUUUUCUGCUCGACUAGAAAACGCUCUUCCACCUCAGUAAUUUUGGUGCAUGAAUUUGAGUGGUACCAUUUCUUACACUCUACACAUUGUAAGUUAGGGCACUGCUUAACAAUCCUAGAAUUGCAUUCGCCACAGUAAGCCGAUGAACGCGUCAUAGGUACCUACUAUAGGUAAACAACACCAGCCGACAACACUGUAAUGUAACUGUAUGUACUCGUAAACUUGUAUUGUUGGAAUCAACGAAGGGUCAAACCCUGAAGUUUAGCAAACCGCUUUAUAGGUAAUUAAAAGUAUUGUGUGUCGUGUUCCCCGUUUGGGGAAGCGCGCCUAUGUUUACAAAAGAUCACUCGUGGAAUUGGUGCUUCAAGAUCAACAAGAUUCUGCAAGAAGGAGAAAUGCGUAAGUAUAUAUAUAUAUAUAUAUAUAUAUAUUUCUUAAGCUUAAAUAUGUAACCAGUUCUACAACAACUUGAAACUAAAUCAAAAUGAUAUACGGAAAAUUCAUUGUGUUCGCAAUACUUUACUGUGAAGUGAUGGCGUUAACCGAUAAGGAUCACUUUGGUUCUGACCUCAGUCGGAUGAAGCGGUCACCCACACUUCUAGGAAAGAGACACCAUGGGGGAUUGCUCCUUGGAGGUGGUUUGCUGGGACAUGGGGGUGUUGGACCAUCCGGAGGGGGUGGGGGUCAAUAUGUAACAAAUAUAAACAAUUACGGUCCCUCACACGCAGGGGUAGCAUCCCACCCUGAAGUUGAUCAUCACGUUAACUAUGGACAUGGACAGGGAGGGGGAAGUUUUGCAGCGAGUGGGGCAGCUGCUGGGAGCCAUGGACAAGCUCAAAGUCAAUCAGCAGCCUUUUCUUUGGGGCCUUAUUCGGCCUCCUUCUCACAAAGCCAGGCACAGGGGGGAAGAAGGGGCAUUUUCGAUUUGUUCGAUUAGGGACACAACACUGUGAAGCAAAACUAUAAGACUGUAUUUUAUUCAAUAAGCUCACUGGUAACAACUUAAGAUGUUUUUGGUAUAAUAAACAUUUAACAAAAAA